AAGAACUUUGGGCUGGAGAUUUUUGCAAAUCCUCAAGGGAGUCUAUUGUACGGUAAAUUUCAUAAUAACCAAUUCUCGACUGAGCGCCUGGUUGCGUUAUUCUGAACAUUUUUAGGGCACGUCUACUAGGAAUUAUCGCUCAUUAGCCCUCAUACCAUUAUUCCCAGUCAUCCUGUGUGCAAUAGACUGCAGAAAACCGCCUAAACCUUCCAUAAAAUGAACAACUUUGCACAACGGGAGUUCAACUCCAUUGUCAUCGGUGGCUCGGUGCUUGCCUUGAAUGCCGGUUUCAUCAAUGUUGUCACACUCGCCGGUGUGUUUACUGUGACAGUGUCCCACCACACUGGUAACGUCUCGCGGAUUGCAAUGGCGCUCCUCAACGCCGAUAUUACCACCCUCGCGCUGGUUACCAGCAUUUUGUUCUCCUACAUGUUUGGAUCCUUCAUUGCUGGGUUUAUGGUGGGCGACAACAAAUUCCGACUCGGGCGCGGAUACGGAUAUGCCCUAAUUCUCGAAAGCGCAUGCCUUUUUGCGAGUUUCGUAUUCUUGAGACGGGAGUUGAUUGUGGGUGAAUGGUGUGCGGCGUUUGCAUGCGGGCUGCAGAAUGCUCUAGCGACAAGUUACUCAGGUGCUGUUGUGCGAACAACGCAUAUGACUGGAAUAUGCACCGAUAUUGGAAACAUCUUGGGCCAAGCAUGCCGGCUCGACACCAAAGCCGAGCUUUGGCGGCUCAAAGUACACGUUCCACUUUUGAUUUCUUAUCUCAUCGGCGGAAUAUUGGGACAGUUGUCCUAUAGCUUCUUGCACGAGAAAUCAUUACUGCUCCCGUGUUUCUUUACUGGAGGGGUGGCAUGCGUUUACCUAAGUCUUCCAUUUGUAAAGGAGGCAACGGCAGUCUUACAGGAAACAGCAGCGCAAAUGGGUCUUGUCGGAGCACACCCAGCUGUAGAAGUGCGUAUCGUGGGAGACCCCAGCAAGCACGAUGUGUUUGCGAAACUUACCGGAAGGAACGUUGAUUUAGACAUAAAGAACUUUUUGGCUGAUAUCGAUGACGAUGAAGAAACUGGAAAUGCUGGCUCCGCAAAGCGUGCUAGUGUUGGGGCAGGUGAAAGCGUCAAAGUGGCUUCGCUAGGUCGACAGGAAAUGGAAAAGGUGGGAGCUGGUACCAGAUCGAGCCGGGCCGGAAGUUUGACCAUUGCAACCACCCCGUUUGGACAAGGCGAGUACAAGGGCCAGCACGGAGGUGGGAGCGUAGAGGUUCUGUAUGCUUCUCCAUCAAGUUCGAGCUUGAUGUAGGAGAAGAACACGAAGGAAAUCCGUAAAGUAGCAUAAGGCUUAACCACAUAUUCCAUAAAUAAAGUGUAGAUGCUUAGCGAA